CGAAGGAGAGGCAAAUGUAUCACUUUGUCUCAGAGCGAACAGCGGAACUUCGCGUCUCCGAGAAUGUGCUGAUUGGCAGCCAAACGACGCAGUACCUAAAGUGUUUUCAACUUGAAGCAGUGCGUUUUCUCUAUAAACGGCUGUCCAAACAAGAGUUUUGCAUAUUGAACGAUGAGAGCGGGUUGGGCAAAACGGCGUCCGUUGUGGCUCUGUUAAGUGGACUGGGAACGUCCAAGAAGACGCUUAUUGUAUUGCAGAACGAUGAUCAGUUGCUGGCUGGCUGGCAGUUUCACUUGGGCAUCCUCACAGAUUUGCCCGUAUGCGUUAUUAAGGACGUUAGUGACACUACAGAGUCGGCACAUAGUGUUUAUCUAAGCAAGUGGAGCGUAUUACGCAGCAUAGGCGAUCUCAGCAAGCUAAAGUUUGACUACGUUAUAGUUGACCAUCGCGGCUAUACGUUAAAUAAUAACUUUUGCACUUCCAUGCUGUUGAAGCAAUUUGAGGGCAAAGUGAAUAUUGUGAUAUCUAGUGUGGACAUAACGUCCGAUGUUAGGCUGCUUUAUAAGGUGAUGCAUUUGGGAGGGUGUUUGGAUCAUCAAUUCAAGAGCUUUAAAAGUUUUGAGAGCAACUUUCAUCUACCAGAUGUUAAUGAGGUGCUAAGCAAACGUGUCGAUCUCGAGGAGUACUAUAAGCAACGAGGUGUCCUUGGCGAAUACAUCAAAGAUUAUCGUCUUCGUCGUUAUCGCCAUCAAUUCGAUUCAUAUCUGCCUCUUGUAACGCCCGAACAAUACAAGAGGAACCUAUCUCUUUGGCUGGGCGAAAACAAUAGCAAUAGCACAAUAAGCGGCUCAACUAUAGAUUCUAGAACAUCAGACAUUUGCUCGACGGGGGACACAGACGAAAUAUUCGAGUGUCUGAUGAGUCUUAAAAGGGAACAACAGUUGACUCAACGUCAGGAGGCAGAUAAAAUAUCGCUGUCUGAGCACAGUGAUGACGUGGUUGUAAUGGAACCUUUAGUCUUGGAAUCCGAAUCAGAAGCAGAAACGGAAGCGAAUGCCCAUAUCGAGGAGUUCAACAACAACGUGGUAUUGCUUUCCAGUGAUGAUUGUGAAAUAAUUGUAUCGCCAACGACAUUGCCACAGUUGGAACCAAUGGCAUCAAAUUCACAGACGGUCAAACCCAUGCGAAAAUACACAAAACGUGCACAAGAUCCAAAGUCAGCGGAGCUCACCGAAUCAGAGGCAGAAGAGCUGCCUGAAACAUCGAAGAAACCAAGAAAAAUACUUAACGCUAGGUUGAGACAUACUUCCAAGGCUUCGUCUAAAAGGUCACCGAAUACACUGGCUAAACCUGAGUCCCUUAUAAAACCUGAGCCGAAAACACCUAAACGUGAAACACUGCCUCCAGUUACGCCUAAAACUGAACCCAGGUCCACACGUAUUAACAGAAACAAAUCAAUUGAUAUGCAACCUAGGCAGACACGUGGAAUGCAAAGACUUACGCGUUCCGCGGAUUCACGGCCAUACAGCAAAUAUAUGACGCAGAUGAGAUCGCUGGAUUACGAUAAAAAAGUAACACCUAAAAAGAAACGCAAUUCCGAUACAAGUCAAACUCCCAAAAGCAGCAAGGCCAAAAAGGAGAAGUCCGCAAUGAAGCAAGAGAUGGCUGUCACGCCUAAGAAAUCUAAGUCAAUAGCAACGAAAGUGGAGCAGUCGGAACCCAAAAGGGGGAUGAGGGGCCGACUGCUAAAGGAACAUGUUUCCAACAAACUCACCUCUUCACCUAGAAAUAAAGGGAUUGAAAAAGUCAGUUCUAAAAUCGCAGAGGCCUCGUCCGCUGUCACCUCAAAACUAGCCGAUUCUGUUCCGAACAAUGAAAGGAACGGUAAGGCCUGUCUGAAGAUCUUAACGGCUUCCUCAGCUGCCACGCCUAAUUUACGGAAUUCUCAGCAUGGCAAUAAAAAAAAAGGAAGUUCAAAACCCGUGAUAGCUGCACCCGCUCCAACGCCUGAGCUACUAAGCUCUGGCUCUAUAUUGUCCGAUAGCUCGUAUUUGCAAUGCGCGCAAAAGCUCCCGGAGAACCUUGCAGAACUUGAUGACUUGGAUCUGCCUGCAUUUCGGGUACCUCACGUACCGCCGGCAACUCAACUGAUGCUGCCCAUUGCUCUGAAUUUGUUCAGCGAUUCCGAGGUGGCUGUCGUAACUAGUCCGAAUCAGAAGCCAGACGUUGUGGUGAUCAAUAGUUCCUAUGAUGAAAGCUCGCCGCCGUCAACUGAGCCAUCGCAAAGUCGACGCACUCGAGCAUUGAAGAGGAAGCGCGCAGGUCCUACAAAGGAGCAACAACCCCAGCCGACCACCUCGCGGUUUGGCCUCUUGCUGGCUCAGCAGCGUGGUUCGGUCAACAAAUCUCCUGACAUAUUCAGCAACUGCUCCGAAGCGUCGCAAGUAACGCUAGCGCAGCCUGUGCAAUUUGAGGGCUUCAAAAUAUUUGGCUCGGAGGUGAAACAGCCGCAGCAGUAUGAAAACGCAACUUUUGGCAUAUCGGCUAAAAAGAAGCGUGAUCGAUCCUGCCUUGAACUUUUGGAAAAAAUGUUUGAGCCACAUCAUUCUAAGGAUAACGAGUCAGGUAUUCAGUUGUUGCCGAAUUUGUCCAGUCCCAAGCAACAGCUGCCACAACGUCGAUUGACCUUGCAGGACGAUGACAUCUUCGAGAUAACCAAUAAUGGCGAAUUCGGCAGUCGACUUCGUGUCGACUCCACGGGGAAUGUGUCGCCCGUGCAGCAACAGCAGCUGGCACAACGUAACAAAAUUACUAACUAUCUGAUUGGCGCUAGUGGCGCUUCGGAGGACAGUGGCCAGCGUACUCAAUCCAGCCAAUUGCUGCGCAAGUCACCCAAAGCCAUCAAAUCCACUCAAUCUACAAAGCUGACACGUUGGUUUGGCACUGCCAUCUCAGGUGGGUCCCAGAGCGUGCCUAGCACACCCGUGCAACCAUCCGAGAAAGCGGAGCGUGCUCGGUUGGCACGCAGUGCUGGAUCCAAGAAACGGAAGCGACUUGAGUUGGACAAGUAACUUGAUAUUAUGCUGACCACAUGAUCUAUUUAAAAGACUAAAGAGCCUCAAGACUAUGCAGCGAGUCAAGCUAAGCCAUUUGCAUAAACUUCUAUCGAAAUGUAUUUCACAUUGUCUAUACAACCGCCUAUCAGACUUCACUGAAAAACAUUUUUUCAAUAGAAAUGUACUCAGAGACUUCAAUUGUAAUGUCCUUUAAAGGUUUAUAACAACUGUACCUUAAGUUAAGAGAUUAGAGAAUCAAAUUGUGUUGGUUAAAUCUAUUCAUUUAAUACAAAGUUCUUCUUUAUAAGGGAUAUACGCUGUGAAAGUUCAAAUGGAUCUGUAUACCGUACACAGAUCGAUGAAUUAUUUAUAAAACUCUUCAAAUACAAAAAAUAGAUAUAUUUGUAUAUGUUAGGG